AUGAAAUCCUCCAACCUGACUCGAAGCGUUUUCCGCUCAAUCCUUGCCAACCGACCAUACGGUGUUCAAGAAUGUCAAAGACGGGCUGGUAGAAGAGCUGGACCUCACAUUCUUGCCCCCACGUAUAAUGUAUAUCAAAUACGUGGUCUCUUUGGUUUGAACUUUGGAGGUGCACACCAAAGCUUUCAUGGCGCAAAAGCUACCUCUACCAAUAUCGAACUUGCUCUGAGCAAGUUGGUUGAUCUUGUCCGGGCGAAACGGAUCAACUCUCGAUCACCGCCUAACGAUCAGAUCGUUGGCGCACUUAGAUUUCUCUUCGCUUCCAGGAUCGAAUCUCCACGACGUCUGACGAGGAAUGAAGUCUUUCUCGUGACUGAAGCCUUCAAACAUCUGCAAGAGCGUGGGCAUGUCUUGUCUGGCGACGAAAGAACAUCCUUGUCGGAGGAAGAUCUUGACAAUGUGUUAUUGGCUUUGGCGUCCUCAACGGGGAGGGAUAGAUUCCGAACCGAUGCUCGAAUACUGGCAACCCUCGUUUUCGAGGCACUCAAGAAACGAACGGGACAAGUUGAAUCACUUGAUCCGCCCUUAGAGCAUGGCCAGCAUCCACCACGAGGCUCCUUGCUGGUCACAUAUAUUACCGUACUUUCCAAGACAGGCUCUGCCCAUCAGGCUCUGGAACUCUUGCGGAAGUCUUCAAUGAGUUCCGACCGAGACAGUCUUCCCAUGUGGGUUGCUGCUUUGAAAGGCCUAGCACGCGAGGGACGAAUGCAAGAAUUCUGGAAGGUUCUCCAAGAGACACAGGACGCCGUCGGGCCCCUUGAUGCCAUCUCACAGGAAACAUUGACUACAUAUUUUGCGGGGCAUGACGAAAUCAAUGUCUUGAAAAAGAUCUUUGAUAUGCCUUUGGAAGAGGGGCAGGUGCCAACGACUACUUCUCUGGUCAAAGCAGUGGAUUGUGCCAUGAAUAAUGGACAAUUGAAGUGGGCUUCACACUUGGUCAAAAUGAUGCAACACAGAACCGAUUCAGCAGAUUUGGCAGGGACUUUGCUCUUGUGGGAUGUUGUUCAUGGCGCCGACGUCCAUCAAAUUCGCCAAAAAAUCCGAAAGUUGGCGGAAUCGGGCAUGAUUGACGCACUUACAAUGAAAACCGUGAAUCGACCGAUCGAGUAUUUCUACUCCCAGAACAAACCGGACGAUGCCGCGGAAUAUGUUCACUUGGCGGAAAUUCUGGGUCUGAGACCCGAUGCCAAAACUUUGUCUCUUCAGCUAGACUAUGAGCUGAAACAAGGAGAUCGCGUUGCAGCCGCUCAAACAUUCGAUCUACUCAUUCGAGAGGACAUUCCGAUCGAUCGGUCCGACGUUCCAGUUCUGAACCGAUACAUCGCCGCGCUGUCUUUUUCUGCCGAUCCCGAAUAUGGACGGCUCCUGCAAGUGGUUGACCAUGUACUUGAGAGCGGCGCGGAGCUCGAAGCCGAAGCCAUGGCCGGGCUAUGCCAUGUAUUCCUUCAGAAAGAUGAACUUGAAGAAGCAACGGGCCUCCUUCGACACCGAGUCGACUCCUAUCCGAUGGACGACCGAGCACGAAUUGCUGCCGUGUUCUGCCAAUUCAUCGUGGAUCCGUCGAUCAAAGAUCUGCGGGCCUUCAGCGCCUACGAGCUGUUCCGCCAUGCCUUCCCCGAAACCAGCGUGGAAGACCGGCUUCCACUAAUGCAAUCUUUCUUCGAUCGUGGUCGUUCGGACCUUGCAUGCCUUAUUUUCGGUCAUAUGCGGCAGCAAGAAGACCCCGACGCGCGCCCGACAUCCGAAGCCUACGCACGAUGUUUUGAAGGAAUCGCAAAGUGUAGAGAUGUUGACGGCCUCCAGAUGGUGUAUAAUAUGCUGAAACUUGAUUUGGCAGUGGAACAAACCACACGAAUCCAUAACGGCCUGAUGGCCGCAUACACCGAGUGCCAUCAGCCUUUCGUCGCCAUCAUCGAUCACUUCUGGAAAAUCAUGGAGUCACGUGAAGGACCUACAUUGAGCUCCUUUGCACUGGCACUGCGCGCGUGCGAGAAAUGGGUACCCCAAGGUGGAUAUGAGGCCAGGCACAUCAUGGCAUUGAUGCAAAGCUUCAACUUGGUCAUCACCAAGGAGAUCUAUGACUGCUAUAUCGGCGCGUUGGCAGGACAAUCCGAGUUUGAGAAUGUAGUGGAACUGAUUGAGGAAAUGGAAAAGGAUAUCGGUGAACCACCAGAUGCUGUGACCAUUGGGACAUUUUAUAAUGCGAUCCCCUGGCAAUAUCGCAAAGAUGAGGUCGAGAAGUGGGCCAACAAGGCGUAUCCGGAAUUAUGGGCCGAGUUGGAAUCCUAUGGGGAUGAGAUUGAUGAAGAGUGGGAGGUCAGAUAUUUCAAGAUCGACAGGUCGGUCGAUAUGGAUGAUGAACUCUUGUUUGGUGCUGGCGAGUAUCAUCCUGUCAUUGCCAAGGAAAGGCUGGCUGCGUUGGAAACGCCGGCGUAA